AUGAAUCACAUCAUUGGAAAGCCCAACCAGAUCCUGAGGACCUGCUUCAGCUCCAUCUUUGAUGAGACCCCACUGACUGAUGGACAUCUGUUCACCGUGGUCCCUGGCUUUUGUCCGCAUGACACCGGCACCCUCACCUCAGGAACUGGACUUUACAUUGCUCCCCCUUCUGACUGGACUUUCUCCCAGAAAUUUGUUAUUGUUAUUGCUUUUUGGGCAGCCUUAGGAACCUUAAGAUGGAUUGCUAAGUUCAUAGAAAACACUGUUACCAGGCAAGCCACUGCCCAAAUACUAGCCUUGCAGAGCCAUCCUUGUAUUGAAAAUGUCCUUGGUGGGCACGCCCCUUCACCUAAUGGAGCAAUUGCCAAUGAGUGUGGGAUGCGGGAGUCGCAUCCUGACGACAUGUCCCUCCAGCGUCCAAGUUCCAUGCCAAAAGAUGAUGAGGAGGCUUGGGGCCACCAUCGGGUCCUGCUGAGAGCUCCCAUCAAUGUGCUGACUGACCUGGCAAGAGAGCAGCUGGAAUGCCCCUCCGAGACAGCAGGAGCUUGCAUUCCUGUCAACAGUUCCAGAGCUCACAAACACCCCUAUGGGCCACCACUUGUUGCUAAGGAAGAGUCCCUAGCAACAACAGAAGUAAAUAGCUCUGAGGGGUUGGCAGGCUGGAGGCUUAGAGAACAAGAUUCUAUUAAUGUGUCCCAGGAAUUCUCUGGCAGCCCUCUAGCACUGAUGAUAGUGGGGGCAAGGGUGAGCAGUGGGGACACCCAAAGAGGUGGCAAUAAUGCCAAGUUAUACCUGGUUUUGCCAGGUCAAGGGUUCUUUCCAUCCAGGGGUCUGCAAGUUAGAGGGCCCCCACUCCCCACUGUUCGAUCAGGGGUAAUGAUGGAGCUGCCUCCAGGAAAUACAAGAAUGGCCAGCAAGGAAAGGCUGGCUCAUGUUUCUUUCCCACCAGGAGGCCCCCAGCACCCAGUGGAGAACUGGCCUAAGCCUCUCCCUUUGUCUUCCAGUACUCCCAGUUUACCUUCUCACCCUACUGCUCACUGCUUUAUAUCUCCUCGACCUCCGAGUUUCAGUCCAUUUCUUGCUAUGCCUAUUGCUUUUGCUCCACCCCCGAUAUUUGGUCCUACCCUGCCUUCUUAUUUGGCCAAUUUUCCUUCCUGGGGCAUGCCUGCUCCUGCGCUCUCAAACAGAGAGAAUAACUGA